UUUUUACAGUGUGCAGCGGUGGUGACUCACAGUGUGUCAGCAGCAGCUGUGCGUUUAAAUGUGUGUGUGUGAUGACAGGUUGUCAGUGUGUUCAUGAUGACGCUCGUUCUGCUCCUCGCUCUGCUCACAGUCUCCACAGUCAGUGAAGGUGACGGCAGCAGAGUUGUCGGUCGACUAGAUGGAAACGUCACUCUGCCCUGUACCUAUAACUUCAAAUAUUAUGGCGCGCUGACGGUUUGUUGGGGUCGAGGAGAAAUACCAAACUCUGGCUGCAACAAGCAGCUCAUCUCCACUGAUGGACAGAAAGUUACAGAAGGAAGCAGAGUUUCCAGAAGGUAUCAGUUACUGGGACGACUGGAUGAAGGAGAUGUUUCCCUGACGAUACUGAACAUCUCAGAGUCAGAUGCUGGAAGAUACGGCUGCAGAGUUGCGGUACCCGGGCCAUUCAAUGAUCUAAAACAUCAUAUCGAUUUGACCAUUGAGGAAGCUCCACUGACGACCACAUCGACAACAUUAAACACAGAGACGUCUCCAGAGCAGACGACAGACGAAGAUGUAACAGGUCAUGUGAACUCAACUGACUGCCCCCUAACUUCCUCCUCCAGCAGCAUCGUGGCCAAGGAGAGCAGCGGUACAAACGUGGUUCUGCUCUGUGUUCUAUUCGGGUUGGUCGCUUUGGUCACAGCAGGCGCAGUUCUCAUUAUCGCGAGCAGAAGAAGGCGACUCAACAAAAUGCCUGAGCAGCAGCAGCAGGUCGUCAGUUCAGUCCAGUACAGCGCGACUUCAUCAAGUCUGCAGCUCCAGAGUCGAAGUUUGGCCGUGGAAAACAUCUACCAGAUAGAGGGAGGCUUGGAUGGAAGCGAGUACGAGUACUGCCCCUGAGGCCUGAAGCUCCGCCAACUGACCUGCUGACCUGGGACACAGGACGACGACAAGUCACGGACAAAAAACAUCAACUCUUGCCCUCGAGGGCUCCUGGACUCCCCAAAACUGCCAUCAGGAUGACUUUUUAAGUGGCAGAGUGAAACUUGGGAGAAGUUUUCCUUCUUUCCUUUCUGACAGAAAUCUUUUUAUUUUAACCCAAACCGCGACUUUUUUCCAAACCUUAACCAACAGAGUCCUUUCUGUUAGAAAGCCCUCAAGGAAAAUUUGCAUUGCAAAACUGCAUUGAAUCACCACAACAAACAAUGAGACCCUGAACUGAAAACAUUCUGCAUCACUGAUAAAAGUCUACAAGAAAAAGCAAACAGUGGACGGUGUCCAGGUUCCAACAAGAAACAUUCAAUCACUGAGCUUAGAAUUCCAUGACGUGCAGCUAACGGCAGGUUGAAGCUGAAGAUUAUGGUGCUGAGAAAACUAAAAACAAUCUGCAGCUUAAAUCACUUCUCUUUUGAACAUCUUCAGAGCAAUGCAACGAUGUCAAGGUAAAAAACAACCGCUAUUCAUGGCAUAAUCCCAGCAGGAAACACUGCGAUAUAUUGGUAAAAAUUGACCGAUUUUGGUGGCACUAUGCUGACAGGAAAUGUGCUGAUGUUUCAUUAAAAAACAACCACUGUUCAUGACACUAUCUCAGCAGGAAAUGCAGUGAUGUCUGGUAGAAAACAUGCUUUUCGUGGCACUAUCUCGGCAGGAAACGUGCCGAUGUAUCAUAGAAAAACAACAGUUUUUCGUGUCAUUAUGCAGCCAUGUUUUUUAUGGCAUUAUCUCAGCAGGAAAGGCAGUAAUGGAGUGCUAGAGUGUAAUCUGUUUUGUUGUUCUGGAACAGUGGUCUGCAGCCUGGCAGGCGUCUCAUCGAGGUGUUACUCGAACGCAGCUUGAAUUCUUUUGUACACUGAUGGUUAAAACUCUGUAGCUCUGUAGCUGAAUGGACAGAAAGUUUGUAUUCUGCACUUUGACCAGUUUGUUUUAAAUAAGUUAUUAAAGAUUAAUUAUGUCUUCAUGUGACAAGUCAUUUAAGAUGAUUAAAUUAAGGUGGAAAACCA